AUGUCGCUCAUGGAAGCCUACUGGCAGGAAUCAGAUCUUCCGAACUUUGAUCCGGACUAUGCGGCUAUACUGGCAUCGAAAUUCAGUAUUGAUUUCACACCAACAGGCACAGGCACAGCCGAUGGCACAGCCGAAACAGCGUCGCCACCAGGUCGAAGUCAACUCAACUCAGCCACGUCGACCGUCGAGACCGACUCUGGAGAAGCUACCGGUCUCAAUAGCGGCGCUAAGGCAGGCAUCGGCGUCGGGGUAGCCUUUGGAGUGGUUCUACUUUGCGCUGCUGGUUUCUUUCUUUACCGGAGACGCGUUCAGAAGGUGAAGCUCGAUGGCAAGUCUGCUUUACAGAACGAACAACCUGACCCAGACACCCAAGCUGACGAAGACGAUAGCGGCAUGUUGGCGUCAGACGCGACAGCGAGCGCUUGCAGUUCCAGCUUCAGCACACCCGUCACCGCGCUAUAUCCUUCCAAUGGGUACCCCGCCCUCAUCAGCGAUCCAGCUGGGACAGAGCCAAGAGAGAUAAGUGAGGGAGUUCAGUUAAUGACCCCAAUGAUCGUCUACUGGCAAGAAACGGAUCUUUCACAUUUCGAUCCUGGAUAUGCGGCGACACUAGCUGCAAGACUAGACAUCGACUUCACGCCGACAGCCACGUCCGAAAUGGUGCCCCCGUCAGAUCAGAGUCAAUCCACCUCAGCUACUUCUUCGGCGGACAAUGGUGGCGAAAGGUCAUCCAAACCGGAUCUCAGUAUCGGUGCAAAGGCAGGCAUAGGCGUGGGCGUCGCUAUCGCGGCUGUUCUGAUGGUUGUCGCCGGCCUCGUACUGUACAGGAGAUACGUUCGCAAGAAGGCGACGCUUGGCCCUAAAUCUGCUUUAGAAAACGAACAACCUGAACUCGUUCAGACACGCGCUGCAUAG